GCCAAACUGCCUGCCUGCCUGCCAACGCGCCUGCCUGCCAACUAACCAGCCAACCAGACAAGGUAGUUUCUUUGACUUUCUGUAUCUCAUUCCACCUUAUCUCCGUUUGGGUUAGUUGUGUGUGCGUGUGUGCCUGUCUACAGCUAGCAGCGGGCAGUGAAGUCAGGAAGUGCUUGAGUCGAGAAACAAAAAUAUUUAGGGGAAGAAAAACAUCUAAACCAACUGAAGCAACUACCCCCCAAACGAAAUAUUCCUCAAGCAAAGUAGAAGGAAUCUCGAAGUUCUGUAUAUAUUCCAUCGAUUAGUUCAGAAUAAAAAGGUUUUGUUGCAAAUCGUAACUGUUUCAGAUCAACCAUGGAUGUUUGCAAGCAGAAAAUGAAAUCCCUUCGCCUUGAGGCGGAAACGGCCAAGGAAAAAGCAGACGAAUUUGAAAAGAAGCUUAAAGAAGCGGAGCAAGCAAAAUUCUUGUUGGAACAAGAUUUGACAUCUUGGCAGAAAAAAUACAGUAGUUUAGAAAAUGAACUAGAUAAUAUAACUCGAGAGUUGGAAAGAAUACAGGAUAUAGAGAAAGCGAAGAACAAGCUGGAUGACGAGUUGGUCUGGCAGCAGAAGAAAUAUGCCAUCUUAGAACAGGACUUGGACAAUGCUCAGAAUGAAUUGGACAAGGUAAAGGAUUGUUAUGCUGCUAAAGAAAAAACGGAAGAAGAACUGACAUGGCUUCAGAAAGCACACACUAACGUAGAGAAAGAUCUCGAUGAGGUGACUUCUAAACACGAAAACACCACUGACCGCUUGAACUCCUCUGAGCAGAAAGUGUCCGAACUUGAAGCUGAGAUCCAGGCUCUCCAUCGUCGUAUCCAAAUACAAGAAAUGGACUUGACUCGUAGCGAAGAGAUGCUUGAAUUGAAGAGUGUAAAAGAAGAGACCAACCAGGAGAAAUUGAGUGAAGCCGAGUUGCGAGCGUCCACAGCCGAAGCGAACGUGACCCGACUGGAAGGAGAAAUCGAUAGGUUGGAGGCGGAAGUACAGGCCGAAAAAGACAAAUACCAAGUUUUGUGUGACGAUUUGGAAACUGCGUACGCCGAACUGGCAGUUUAAGAAGUUUAUCUUCAUUUCUCUCCUUCUUCUUCUGUAUGAAUUUUCUGAUUUCUCCUUUCUCCACACCACUCCAAUCUUUCCAACUUUUCCUUCUCUUGUCUAAUGACUGCCCAAUCUUGUUGACACGCUUAAGACAUUGCCAUUGUGAUUACGCUAUUACAUUUAAGACACGAGCAACAACAACAGCAACAACAACAACAACAACACCAAUAGCACCAACAUCAGCAACAACAUCGAUCGCAACAAUGACUACAUUUCUGACAAGACCACAAAGUGAAUAUAUACUUAAACCCUUCGAAAUAUUCAACGUUAAGAAGAUGCUUUGAUAUCCGAACCCAUGGCAAUUCUUGUGAAUAAAGUUGAGUAAAUUCAUCUGCAGUCAUCAGACAACCCUUACUUGUAACAGGAAGUGAAGAUUUUCGGACCAGAGGACUCAGCCAGUUUCGAAAUUAUCCGAUCCACUUCAUGUUCUCUAUCUCUUUAUCUAUCACUCGCCCCCUCCUUAUAUAUAUAUAUAUAUUAUAUAUAUAUAUACGCUACUAUUUUCUUCCUGUACUUUUCCUGCCAAUUUUGCUAGCUGACAUUUAAAACAAAAUCUAAAAUAAAAAUAAUUUUUAAAAAGUUAUUUUUUUUACACACACACACUGCUUAUCCCCUUUCCUUAAUUUCACCAAGGUUUAUUUUUCUGGAUAUAAUGCAGUACUUCCGUUCUUGUCCAGGAGUGUGUUUUAGAGGUUCCUUAUGAAAACACGCAAAAGGAAACUGAAAGAAACGAACAAAAGAGAUGUGUCGAUUGAAAAUCGUUUGACUUCAGGGUACUACAACAAUACAGAUAAUAUAACCGGUUCCACAUUGAUAACAUUCUAUAAUUAAGAGAAAGCACGAAGCAUUGUAGUCAACUCACAACUCAGUCAGCCAUACCAGCUCUGGCGACAAAAAUAUAUAUUAAAAAAUAUAUCGAUUUCUAAUUUAGUGUCAACGGAAAAAAUGAAUAAGAUGGAAACGCUGAGAGAAAAAAUAUAUCUUAAUUAUUUAUUAUCUGACUUGUGUUUUCUUUGAUCUAAUACAUAUUAGAAUCUCUUUGGUCAACAGCUUCGUAUUCACUCAACUCUUCUCUCCACAUCUGCAAAUAAACACGUUAACACCUUCAA